AGGGAAUAUUUUUACGCACCUCUUUUAAAAAAUAUAUUUGUUGAUAAUUCUCUUUUCUUGCUCUCCAUUGACUCCAUUGAGCACAGAUGCGAAUGUUGGUGUGUAACAGUGAUACCGUGAUCGCCUAUGAUUGGCCGAGCAGAUGGAUGCUAUGCGCCAAUAGCAAUCUGAACUGUACAAAGAGAUCUUCUCCCUCCCCCAUACGACCGAGCACCGCAACCACAAUGCUCAGUAUAGGGAGGAGAGGGUGUAUAUCUGGCAUGUAGUGCCAUUAUACUUCAUUUUAUUUUAUUCCUGACUAUGGAUGGAUAUUUUUUUUUUGUGUCACGUGCUCGGAAUAUGGAUUAUGUCCUUAUGGUAUCGUCUUCUGUGGAUGGGAAGUGAUGCAUUUUACUGAGACAGGGAUGACAAAGACAAUAGGAUGCCGAGACUGGAGAUGGCAAGCUCUUUUGUGGCAUUUUUUCUUGUGGACUACAGUGCAUGCACAGACUCGUUAUAGCAUCCCAGAGGAGCUCAAAAAAGGUUCGGUGGUGGGAAAUCUGGCUAAAGAUCUGUCUUUGGGGCUGUCUGAAAUAUUUGAGCGCAAACUGCGUGUCGCCGCUGAGGCUGGUAAGCAGUAUUUCAGCGUGGAUGCGGGGAAGGGCGAGCUGCUGGUCAGCGACAGGAUAGACAGAGAGGCUUUAUGCGGACAAAGCGCCAGCUGCGUGCUCCCCCUGCAGGUCGUCAUCGAGGACCCGUUGCAAUUGCAUAGAAUCGAGGUUGAAAUACGAGAUAUUAAUGAUAACUCUCCCAAUUUUGUUUCUAUUGAGCAAUCUUUAAAAUUAGCAGAAUCUGCUGCUGUGGGAACGCGUUUUCCUUUAAAGAGCGCAACAGACCCUGAUGUGGGAAGCAAUUCAAUUAAAUCUUAUAUUCUCAGUAAAAACGACUGCUGUUCCCUUAGAAUAAAAGAAAUAGAGGGUGGAAAACCCGUCCCUGAGCUCGUGCUGGAUAAGUCGUUAGACAGAGAGCAAAAGGCUGUACAUAAAAUAUUAUUAACUGCAUUUGAUGGGGGUAGUCCGGCUAGAUCAGGCACUUCCGAAAUUACCAUAAAUGUACUUGACAACAAUGAUAACUUCCCAAUAUUUGAGAAAAAUCUCUACAAGGUAACCGUGGGUGAAAAAGCUGUAAAAGGGACUGUCAUUGUCAGACCAAAAGCAACAGAUGCAGAUGAAGGUUUGAAUGGUGACAUUGAAUUUUCAUUUGGCUCUGCAACUCCCGAUUCCACGUUGUCCUUGUUUGAUAUAAACCCCGUUACUGGUGAGAUCACUUUAAAGGGAGAAUUAGACUAUGAGACAGCAAAGUCAUAUGGCAUUGACAUAACCGCUAAAGAUAAAGGCAGCCCCGAGAUGGAGGGUCAUUGUCGUGUGCAGGUUGAUGUGUUGGACGUCAAUGAUAAUACUCCUGAAAUCGUCCUCACCUCUCAGCCAAAGCCUGUUCGUGAGGACGCCCAGAGUGGAACUGUUGUCGCCCUCAUUAGUGCUCGUGAUCUCGACUCAGGUAAUAACGGUAAUGUGACGUUACACUUGAAAAGGGGAUGCCCAUUUGCCCUAAAAAGCUCAUUUUCUAAUAAUUAUGCGCUGGUGACCAGUGGCGCUUUAGACCGCGAGAGUGUGUCUGUGUACAACAUUGAGAUUACAGCCACUGAUGCAGGCUCUCCUCCUCUCUCCAGUAAGAAAGUGAUCGCUGUCAGCAUCACUGAUGUUAAUGACAACCCUCCUCAAUUCUCUCAGAGCUCGUAUAAUGUUUAUUUAAAGGAGAACGGAGUAGCAGGCUCUAUAUUGUACUCGGUGUCCGCAAGUGACCCGGAUGCUGGUGAAAAUGCCAAAGUAUCUUACUCUAUCGUGGACUCUAAAGUGCACGACGUGUCCGUGUCGUCGUACGUUUACGUGAACUCCGAGAACGGCAGCAUCUACAGCAUGCACUCGUUCGACUACGAGAAAGUCAAAGUGUUUCAAGUUUUAGUUGAGGCUAAGGACCAGGGCUCGCCUUCGCUCAGCAGUAGCACCACUGUCCAUGUUUUCAUCCUGGACCAGAACGACAAUGCCCCCGCCGUCAUAUACCCCUCACCCCACGCCGCCUCCCACCUGAGGGUGCCCCGCUCGGCCAAGGCGGGCCACCUGCUCACCAAGGUGACAGCCGUGGACGCCGACUCGGGCCACAACGCGUGGGUCUCAUACAAAGUGGCGGAGGCCACGGACACCUCUCUGUUCACGCUCAAUUUGUACACAGGGGAGGUGAGGACUAAACGCGCCGUGUCCGAGCAUGACGACUCCUCUCAGAGGCUGAUCAUAGAGGUCAAGGACGACGGGGAACCGGCUCAGUCGGCCACCGUCACAUUGUCCAUCCUGCUGGAGGACGGCGUGAGCGAGCUCGUGUCAGAACUGAGAUACAAGGCGUCCGAGCCCGGCAAGAAAGGCGGCACAAUCACGCUGUAUCUGAUUGUGUCUCUGGCCUCGGUGUCCGUGCUGUCUCUGCUCACUUUGCUCGUCUUGGCCGUCAAAUGCAUGCGGAGCAGUGCGAGCGGCGCUACUUGCUGCAUGAGGCGGACACACUCCGACGAGAACAAGAAGUCAAACAGAAAUCUCCAAAUUCAGCUCAACACCGACGGACCUAUCAAGUACGUGGAGGUUCUGGGAGGUGACGUCAUGUCUCAGAGUCACUCCUUCAGGUCGUGCUUGUCUCCCAUGUCAGAGUACAGUGAUUUCACUUUGGUCAAGCCCAGCAGCACCACUGACUUUAAAGAGGUUAUCAGCGUCCUGGACGCUUCUUUGCCUGACAGCACCUGGACCUUUGAGAGCCAGCAGGUGAGCAGAUAA